ACGAUCUGAAUUAAUGUUGUCUAACAUGCCUGAAUUAUUAUUAGUACUAUAAUAUAGUAGCAACGUACAUAUAGAUAUGUAAACAGUGGUCGUAGAGGUCUGUUUAUUAUUCAGCUUUACAGCAGGUGUUCCGGAAAGUUCAGUUCGCCGGGUUCUCCUUCAGCGCGCAUGCGCGAAAUCACGACGUUUUCUCCGGCUACUGCGUUGUAGUGUGUACUUUAUUGUCGCGCGUGUUAGUUUAUCGUGUUAUUAGAUCAGCAUGAAAUAAAUUUCACGUUGCUUUCCAGUGUUUCUUCAAUAUAAAAGAGAGUGAGAGAGACUACCACAAGCUCCGACCUCCACUAUCCGCUCAACGCAGCAACGUCAUGAUUUCGCGCAUGCGCACUGAAGGAGAAAAGGCGAACCGAACUCUCCGGAACACCGGCAACACCUCAGAGAAGAGCUCAGAUGGAGGACAACGCGGCUCCUGCCUUCACGUUCGGCUUGAUCGCUGAUAUUCAGUACGCCGAUUUAAAGGACGGUUAUAAUUUCCACGGUACCCGGAAGCGUUAUUACAGGAACAGCCUGCACCUGCUGAGAAACGCCAUCAGGCACUGGAAUGAGGAGAAGGUGAAACCCAGCUUCAUCCUGCAGCUCGGAGACAUCAUUGACGGCUUCAACAGGAAGCACGGUGCAUCAGGUAAAGCUCUGGAAAAGGUGCUUGAUGAAUUCAGGGGCUGCUCGGCUCAGGUUCAUCAUGUGUGGGGCAACCACGAGUUCUACAACUUCACCAGGAGCGCCCUGUUCUCCUCUGAGCUUAACAGCGAGGUCAAAGGAGAAGAGGAGAGAGAUGACAGGAUGGACGACGUCUACGCUUACCAUUUCAGCCCUGCUCCUAAAUUUAGAUUUGUGGUCCUGGACGCUUAUGAUCUGAGCCUCAUCGGCCGGGAGGAAUCGUGUGAGAAGUACAGUCAGUCCUUUGAGAUCAUCAAGGAGCACAAUCCUAAUGAGGAACUUAAUCAGCCUGCAGGCUUAAUUCCGAUGGACGGAAGGUUUGUGAAGUUCAACGGAGGACUCAGCCAAGAUCAGCUAGAUUGGCUGGAUAGACUGUUGACCAGUGCUGACGAGAAAGGAGAAAAGGUCACGGUUGUGAGUCACAUUCCUGUUCAUCCCUACUCCACUAGCACUACAUGUCUCACAUGGAACUAUGAUGAGAUCCUUCCUCUACUGUGCGCUCACAAGAGCGUGGUGUGUUUCCUUGCUGGACAUGACCAUGAUGGAGGGUAUUGCGUAGAUUCAACCGGUAUUCAUCACCUCACAGUGGAAGGGGUUAUUGAGACGCCUCCUGACUGCGAUGCUUUCGGCACUGUGUAUGUAUAUGAGGACAAGAUGAUCCUCAGAGGUAACGGGAGGAUAAAGAACAGAGUGCUUAUGUAUCGAUGAGGCAGGGGAUAUAUAUAUAUGUGUGUAUAUAUAUAUAUAUAUAUAUAUAUAUAUAUAUAUAUAUAUAUAUAUUUGUGUGUGUGUAAUAUAUUUCUGUACGAUACUUAUUUAAUUGACAUCAAAUCAUCUUUGAAAGCAAUUUGUAAAGUAUUUAAUGUGCAGAAAAAAAACACUUUACUAACUUAUAUUUUUAUGUGUGAAUAUUGAAAGAUGAUCAAAAAAAAUUAUCUUUUAAUAAAAUAAACAAAUGUCUACAUGA